UAAAUUUCAGAAUGACAGCAACGACCGGAAAUAUUCCGAUGUCCUCUCAAUUUAUACAACAAGUAGUGGGAAUCCCACAAGAUCUACCAGUCGGACCCCAGGAAAGAGCAUUCCCUGCGAAAACAUUUAUGGUGUUUGGUAGUUUACAGAUAGGUCUUGGUGUUCUGCUUGGGAUUCUCAGUUUAAUUGGAGUGAUUUUGGGUAUAACUGCAUGGAACAAAUACGACGACUGUCUCGCCAAUAUUUAUUCCGUAACAACCAAACAUUACAACAGUGGGAGUUAUUUUGAUGGUAGUGAUUGGUUAUGUUAUCGAUACAAUGCUGUUAACGCACUUUUUACAUUUGACAUAAUUUGUCUAAUAUGUUCAGGAUGGUACGUUGUUACUGGGUUGCUGCCUUUGUGUAUGACAAAGAAGAGAGAAGCGAAAUGGAUGUGUUUGAAAACUGGAUUUAUGUUGUGUAGCUUAAUUGGACUGACAAAUGUUGUUCCAACUAUGUUCAGUCUUGGUGUGCUAGGUUCAAUUACAAGAGAAAGAUAUGAUUUGAAAACAACAGUGAAUCUGCCAGUUUUGAUGGCCGUAUUGUCCUUUGCAGAAGCAAUAGUCGCAGUCGUUUCUGCUUUUUUCUGUUGUUGCUACUCGACAUACGGAUUAUCAAAUCAGAAAGGAGUUGUUAUAAGCACACAACCUGAAUUAAUUAUCAAUUCACCACCGACUCAGGAUAUUAUCGAAAACAGUCAUUAUUGUAUUACUGAUCUGAUCAACAAACGGACAAACAGUUCACCAAACAGUGCAGUAUCAAAUAGGGGAACAGUGCCAAGUAAUGACUUCAACUCAACUAAAAGAACAACAGUGCAAGUAAUGACAUCAACUCAACUUAAAGAACAAGAGGUUUAA